AUGGUCGCCUCCAAAGCUCUCAUCUUCGCCGAAGUGCCCACCGGCUGGCCAGAAGCCGGCAAGCACCUCAAAGUCGAAAGCAGCGAAUUCGACCUUGAGCAAGCACCUCCUUCCAACGGAAUCACCGCCAAAGUCCACUACUGUUCAUUCGACCCCUACCAACGCGGCCGCAUGCGUGAUCCAGCAACAAAAUCCUACAUGCCAGCCUUCACCCUGGGAAAACCCAUCGACAACGGCGCCAUUGUCUCCGUCAUCAAAUCCGACAACCUAGCCUUCAAGUCCGGCGAUAUCCUCGUAGCCCCUCGCAACCGUAUUGAAGAAUACAGCAUCAUCACGGCCGAGGAGCUCAAGAACAACGGCUACCACGUCCUCUCCAACCCUUACAACCUCGACCCCAAAAUCUUCAUCGGAGCAUUGGGCAUGCCAGGUUUGACGGCCUACAGCUCCCUCUACGAAAUCGGAGCUCCCAAAAAGGGCGAAACCAUCUUCAUCUCCGCCGCUUCGGGAGCGGUGGGCCAGAUUGUCGGACAAGUCGCGAAACACGAGGGCUUGACCGUGAUUGGCAGUGUAGGCGACGACAAGAAAUUGGACUUUAUCACCAAGGAAUUGGGUUUCGAUGCGGGAUUCAACUACAAGAAAGAAAAAGCAGCGGAUGCUCUGGCGAGAUUGGCGCCCGAGGGAAUUGAUAUUUACUAUGAGAAUGUCGGCGGCGAACAACUCGAGGCAGCAAUCAACGCCAUGAAAAUCCACGGCCGUAUUAUCGCCUGCGGCAUGAUUUCUCAAUACAACCUCCCUCCCUCGGACCUCUAUCCUGUUACCAAUUUGAUGCAAGUUGUGGCCAAGAGGAUCAAGAUGCAGGGGUUCAUGGUCAUGGAUCCGAACAUGGGACCGAAAUACUCGGCGGAGCACCAGAAGAAUGUGCAAAAGUGGAUUUCAGAGGGCAAGUUCAAGGUCGAGAUGAGUGUUACCGAGGGCAUGGACAAUGCUGCCGAGGGAUUGAUUGGUAUGUUGGCGGGGAGAAAUUUUGGAAAGGCUGUGUUGGAGGUUUCCAAGUUGUAG